GGCUUGUUGAGGGUAGAUUAUUUUAAUUAGUCUUUUAUCUUUACGUGUAGAAAGUGGCUGCUCGUCAAGGAGUCUUCGGCAACCGUCUUGGUAAUGAUAAAAUCAUUCUCCUAAAAUGAAAGAGCCAAGAAUACGCAGUCAAUGUCAUUACCAAAAGACAUUACCAAGACAUUACUAGUCCAGUACUGAAACUAAAGCAAUGGCCAUCUUUUGGCUCCAAGGCUUGGCUUCCAUCUGGGCCCACUUUUGGAUGGUUGAGAAAUGCGAGUCAACAACCAUAGCAACAUCAACAACAGGACCAGUAACCACAACCCCAGAUAUCUUUUCACCGUUGCAUCCUGUUUUUGCUCCACCGACGGAACCUACUGUGCCUCUUUGCAGUGAUGGGAUCACCACCAAUUGCUUCCUGCCAGGCUCUACAGCAAUGACAUGGGAUUCUGCCCACCAGUUCUGCCGGAGUCGCGACGGAUUCCUCAUCGCCAAAGAACACCAACUAAAGUCGGUGGGUAGCCACUGGCCUCCCGACAACCUGACAGUCGAGGACGCAGACUCAUCCUUUCGGCUCAGAAAUCUGUCGGCUCAGGACCUCACCUGGACAGCUCUGACGCGGCACAACGGACAUUACCAAUGGCUCUCUCAGUUCCCAGAUUAUGCUCCAGCCGUUGGGCAGUUUGUUGCUUGGACUCCGCCGAACAAGUGCUCACAAGAAUGCGCGGGCCAUGACGUCGUCAGCCAGCGGACUUAUUUCAUCUCGUGUUGUCAGCCACUGCGCUUCUUUUGUUAUUUACCUGAAGCUUCAACUUGGCCAGGUGGAGUUGAUCCAAGUGACGUCGAACUGCGAGUCACAGUGAACAGGAAAUCAACCAACGGCUGGGUCGAGGUGUCGGAGGCGGACUUUCCGAAACUGGUCAUCGACUGCUCGGCUUUCCACACCAUAUCUGGUCGACCUUUGGGCGUUCAGCAGUCAGUUUUCUGGUCGAAGGAUGGAGUUUAUAUAGAUUCCCAAGUGAAGAAACUCCUCCCUGCGACGUUCUACGAUGCCUCGAAAUAUGACGUGCCGUAUGAGGACUCAGAAGUGUCCCACCUGGAACUCAAACAAGGAACUUACUGGUGCGAGUCCUGGGUCCCCAGUUCUCCUUCCCGUAUUGUGAGUAAUAAGGUCCUGGUGACUCUCAGAGAAUGGACGGUUCUGAUAGCCGACGCAAAAAGGGAGGAACCUUUCCGUACAAACUGUCCGGAUGAUCCCGCUGGAAGUAUACGCGAGACCCUCAAGCCUGUUUUGCGGAACAUUGACAACUACACUGUCGAUAUGAUCCAUGUGCAGAACAACGUGUCAGUAGAUCGAACGACGAUGUUCGUGAGUUACAAGUUUCAUGUUCAUGUGCCUAUGGCAGAUAACUGUCUUGAUCACAUCUUAGAUAUCAUGAAAGAUGAUGGUGAGGGUUACAAAAAGCUUUAUGAGAACAAGGGCUACCUAGACACAUCGUCCAUUUAUUUUGUAACAUACUGCAUGGAACAGAGGGUAAAAUACCGCUACGGAAACACUUUGGUUUGGCCCUUUUCGAGGGCUGGUAGUGUCAGCCCUAAACAUUACAGGUGUAGGGGCACAAAUAAUGAGUUAAAGUAUGGUUACUGUAAAUGGAAUUACACUCACGGAGCUUCCAUUGAGUUUGACCCCUCUGAAUGCCAGGAUUUUGACUCCUGCCCUUUAGGGUACACGAAAAUAGCAGAUUAUCUCUGUAUGUAUACCUCUAAACCUGACACUUGGCAUAAUAGUCUUAAGGAUAUGUAUAAAACUGCUAAUGCAAUUGGCAUUCUUGAUAUACUAGAUUCCUUCCACAUAAAUGAAAGUUCAAAUUCGAAUUCUGUGUAUGGUUUUGUUAAGCAAUUAUCUAUGGAAAAACUAGAGAGCUCUGUGAUAUGGCUUCCAAUAGGAAGGGUGGUAGACAGGGGACCUCUUGAAUACUUUGGACCAGGUCAGCUGAUUUAUCCUUACAAGGAUUACAAGCAGCCCGAAUUUUACAGAAUCUCUUGGGAACCAGAUCAGCCAGCUAGUAAUCAAACCUGCUUAGCUUUAAACUUGAUGACAAAUACUCUUUUGACUCUUGAUUGCAACACUGAAUUACCUUAUGUGAACUUCUUGAAUGUUUCUGGUUUACAAGAGCUACCAACUUACAAAUGGAAAUCUAUUAUACCACAGCUAAUCACAAAGGAUCCUGGAUGUCCAGAGGACUGGUUCUCACCUGGGUUUUAUAGUGCAAUGUCAAUUUGCUUCAAACUUUACUUAAAUGUUGAGAACACCACUUGGGAAAGAGCAAGGAAUUUUUGCGAGCUAGAAGGCGCUCAGUUGCCCACACCUGGUAAAGGUUUUUUAGACUGGGUUUUCAGACAACAUAUGAGUGACUAUAAUGUAGCAAGCGUUUGGAUGGCAGAAGAAUCUGCAUAUGGGAAUGGGUAUAUGGAUUUUGUAAACUGGAAGACCUCAACAGAUCAUUCACUGAUGUACGGUUCUCUUGGUCUAGAUGGCUGGGAGAGAGAACCAGAAGAUGCAGUGAAAUCAGACAUCUUAUGUCAAAGGGAGACUUCCCUGAAAAAUGGCCAGGGAAUGAGUUUACACGUGAUAAAGAAGAAAAGAAAAACAAAAUCCCAGGGGUUUAAAGUUGAUAAAUCAAUUUCUACAGUCUGCUUAGAACUGAUCAAUAUUCUAGAAGAUGAAUCAAAAGAUUUAAAAUGUUAUGCCAAUGGUAUGUUAGUCCCUUUAACGAAAACAGACACCCGUUCUUGCACAUAUGCAAUUGGGAGUUUACAAGGAUACUAUCAGUGUUACCUGUGGGUGAAAAACCCUGCACUUCUUAUUGAAUCUAAUGAAGUCCUCAAUUUUGCCUCAGAUGUUUUAACUUUUGCUGUAACUUUAGUACAGGUUGCCUCAUACAGUCCAGAAAAACAUGACAGCACUUUUAUCUAUGGGACCAACUUUGAUUAUACAACAAAUUGUGCCAAUUCCUUUACUGAUUAUAUUGAGAGUCAAUUAAGCAACAUAGUUGUUUCAGUUAAGAACUUCUUCUAUACCCCAGGCCAAAAGUAUUUCACUUUAUUUCAUCAUUUCAAUAUUGAAAUGAAAGCAAAAAAUCGUUUAGAUGCCUUGAUAAAUGAAUAUGACAUGCUGGUACAACUUGUGCCAUUAUUUAGAGAAGACAGGAAUUUUUCAGGCUGUGAAUUAGCUAGCAUUCAAAGCACUGUAGGUUGUUUGGGAGAGAUUACAAAAGUUUAUGGAACAUCUGAAAGGAAUCUUUCAUGGCCUACUGUCCGGGGAAACAAAGCUGUUUUGCCAAAAGAACUCUGCAUAAAUAAGAGAGCAGAACCAGUUUACCGAGAGUGUGUGGGCAAUUUCCUACAUGGAUAUCAUUGGGGUGAAAUUUCUGAUGGAUGCACGGGAGCCCCAACUAAUGUCACAAAAACUUUAUGGAAUGUCAGUAAGAGUGACAACAGUGGUGACUUAAAGACCUUAUCUAAUCUUAUUUCGGACGGAUCAGAGCUUCUGCCUGCAGACAUCCAUUUUGUUGCCAAGAAAUUCCAACAGAUAUCGAAAAAGGAUGCCAUUCCUAGUAAAAUGGGAUUAGAGGAUGUAGUGGAGAUGCUUAACAAUGUCAUGGAAGCAGAUGAAGAAGCGUUUGAGGUUCUUCAACAAACUCUCAAUACUUCUGGUAUCCUUUUUGAAGCAUUUAGAAAUAUUACAUUUAAAGUUAGGAUGCCACCUGCCAAUGGAGACAAAAUUAUAAAAGCAACGAGGAAACUCAUUUCUGUCGAACGCCUCGACUUACAGGUGAAUUCCAAUGUGAUAGGCUAUCAGGCACUUGACGGUGGUAAACAGGUAACAAUCAGGAAGGAUUAUGAUGAAAAUUCAAUCAGAGGAGAUGCUGCAAUUAUAUUCCCGGAAAAUCUCACUUAUAUUGUUGCAAAUAUGGAAUCUGAAAAUGAGACAGAAAAAGUCAAGCUAACAUUUGCUGUUUAUAGAACCCCAAAACUGUUCCAGGAUCAUGCAUCUUUUCCCAACUAUUCAGUGAGUGGUGAUAUCCUACAAGCUACUUAUGAUGGCAGGGUGGUUCAAGAUUUGGAUGAACCUGUACAGAUUCUGUUCAGGCGCUCUGACAAGGGAAAUGACUCAAUAUGUGUCUUCUGGGAUUUUAAGAAAAAUCUUGGCCUAGGCGGAUGGUCAACAGACGGAUGUUGGAGUGGGGACCAAAUGGGUGAUUAUGACAUUUGUCUUUGUAACCACUUGACUUGCUUUGCUCAGCUCAUAAACUACGAUGAUGAGGAGUUUGACGGUAUUCAUGCAAUUGCAUUAGAUAUCAUAACAGUAAUAGGCUGCAGUUUGUCUAUCAUUGGUCUUUUGAUGGUGUUUGCAACGUUCUGCCUUUUCAAAAAGUGGCGACGGUCUCUAAGCAACAAAAUUCUGGUCAACUUAUCCAUUUCUGUGUUUUGUAGCAUGGUCAUUUUCCUUGCUGGCAUUAAUCAGACAUGGAACACCAUCUUGUGCCGAAGUAUUGCUGUUUCUCUCCACUACUUUAUCCUUGCCUCCUUUGGCUGGAUGCUAGUUGAGGCUGUUCAUCAGUAUCUUAAAUUCGUCAAAGUCGUUGGCACCUACAUUCCAAGAUUUCUGUGGAAAGCUUCAGUAAGUGCCUGGGGUCUGCCAGUCCUACCCAUCAUUGUAGUUUUGGUGUACGACAGUACUCUCUAUGAUAACAAAGGGUCAGAUGAUAUCGAUGGUAAGAUCUGCUGGAUGUCAAGUGAGUGCUUCAUGUAUGCAAUGCUCCCACCAUUGGCAUUAACAAUGCUGGUCAACAUAAUAAUGUUCGUCCUGAUCAUCCGCGGGGCUGUGUGGGGCAGGGCCCGGAUGAAUUCCACACUGUCUGAACGUUCACUUUUCAUGAGCCAGCUCAGCAUGGCAGUUUGCGUCUUCUUCUUGCUGGGCUUCACUUGGAUAUUUGGCCUUCUGUCAAUAUGGAAGGGUCGCUUGUUGUUUUCCUACCUCUUUUGCAUUUUCAACACUCUCCAAGGAUUCUUCAUAUUUCUCUUUCACUUGUGCCGAGAGCGCACAGCUAGGAGGCUGUGGAAAGACUUCCUCUCCGUCAUAUCAAGGGCUCCUGUGUCAACCUCUGACCCCAUCCAUUCAAAUAACUUCCUUUCCGUGCAGCGCACGUAUCGUCUAGAAAAUGUCACGUACAACCAGGGAGGAGGAAUUCUAGUGCUCCCGCGAAGAGUGUCUGCAGACACUGUCCGGACAACGUCUACUCUGGUCAACUCUCGGGCUUCUUUCAGGCCUUAAAUCAUUAGUCUAAAACCAUUCCAUUUGUUCUAAAGUGGAAUCUGAUAAGUAUAUCUGCGUCUAAUCGAUGAGUUGUAAACACUUCAUCAGUAUUUCAAAAUGUUCUUUCAGCUGUUACUAAUAGGCUAGGAAGUUUACCUUUGAAAUUUUGCUUGUUUAUCAGUUAUCUGCAGCUUGUUAGGGAACCUAAUCAUAUUCAUGUUGGUGUACUAAAUGCAGGUUGUAAUUGUACUCAGCUACAAAGGCAAGAGUUCCCCAUCUUAUAUUCUGACAAGAUGGUAAGUGAAGAUGCUACUCAUAUAAAAUGCAACUGGUUAUUUCAUCUUACUAUAAUGGGGGUAAUGUCUGUCCGUCCGUCUGUCAUCCAAUCACGGCCAAACGGCUGGUCCAAUGGGCAUGAAACUUGGCGGGGUUAUAGUGGGGACCCAUAAGAUGGUUUAUGAUGGGGUUUCAUCCUACCUCCCUCCCUCCGAAAGGCGUGGGGGUGAGAAAGGAUUCUCUGAAAUGGAGCUGGUUCUGCCAGUGAAACGAGGCUGAUUACGCCCGUAGACUUAGUUACUCUGCUAAUUUUCAUACAUAAUUUCUGUAUACAUAUGUCUGCUAGUAUGUAUAAUGACUGAUCCCAUUUUCAUCAAUUUCAUGAAAUAGCGCCACAGAAUAUAAGUUUUAUAUUAUAAUAAAGUCCUAAAUUUA